AUGGGACCUGUUGUCAAUGGGGUCAACUUGUCCACAUAUUACCUGGAAAAAUGCCUGGCCCACAAAUUACAUAGCCUGGUUGGCCACACAAGGUAUUUGCUAAGGAUUCUAUGCAUUUCAACCAGUUCACAGCAAGUAAUAGCUACGGAUCUCACAGUUAGCUUUGAUGUAAAAUCAUUGUUUACCAGCGUGCCUUUAGCUGAAACCAUCAAUAUCCUACAAGAACAAAUACUGCCAGACAUCUGCGACCUGGUGUGGUUGUGCUCGUCUUCAACAUAUUUUAGUUGGCAGGGAAAAUUUUAUGAGCAGAUAGAUGGAAUGGUAAUGGCCUCCCCCCUUUCACAUGUAGUGGCUGACAUAUUCCUGAGAGCUUUCAAACAGAUCGUGCUAAAUUCCAUGCCACUGCACCCACACUACUGGCUGCAGUACGAAGACUCCACAUUUGUCAUAUGGUCAACUGGAGAAAUAGAACUACACAGGUUUUAUGAGCAACUUAACAUCUUACACAGAACAUACAGUUCAAACAAGAAAUGGAAAGCCAUGAAGCUAUUCCUUUUCUUGAUGCAAAAUGAACAAAAUUUUACUGAGAAUUCCAGCUCUGCUAUCUUGAUUUAUCAAAGAAAAAUUAUUGCUGCAGUUUUCAAUCCUACUUCUAGUCUACAUUAA